AUGAGCAGCAACAACGUUGUAGAGCUGAAGAGUAUGACAGCCCCCGUGGCUGAGGGCUACAGCAACACCAGCUUCCAGAAUGAAGAUGACUUUGAUGAAAGCCAGAACGCAUCUGGAAACAACUCGCUAAGGUGUAGAGUUGCGCAGAACAGAGAACACAAAACCGCCAAGCAGGAUGAAGAGCAAGUCACCAUUGAGCAGGAUUCUUUAAGAAACAAAGAAGAUGAGGAGGAUGAUCCAGAGACACAUCAAAAAGGGUAUCUGGAAAGGAAGUAUGAUACAGUUUGUGAUUUUUAUAAGAAACACAAAACCACCCUUUGGUACAUCAUCUGGGACAUCUUACUACUAGGUUACCUGCAGAUGGUGAUUGCAGCUUGUGUGCUAAACUUUCAGAGAGCCCUUCCCCUUUUCGUGAUCACUGUGGCCGCCAUCUUCUUUGUGGUCUGGGAUUACUUUAUGGCCAAAUAUGAGAAUCGAAUCGAUGAGUGCCUGUCUCCUGGCAAAACGCUCCUAAACAGCCAUUGGUUCUGGAUGAAGUGGGUGAUUUGGAGCUUACUGAUCCUGGGAGUUAUUUUGUGGCUGAUCUUUGACACUGCCAAAUUGGGCCAACAGCAGCUGGUUUCCUUUGGUGGGCUUAUAAUGUACAUUAUCCUGAUAUUUCUAUUUUCCAAGUAUCCAACCAAAGUUUACUGGAGGCCUGUCUUUUGGGGAAUUGGGUUACAGUUUCUUCUCGGUCUCUUAAUCCUAAGGACUGACCCUGGAUUUAUGGCUUUCAAUUGGUUGGGCCAACAAGUUCAGACCUUCUUGGAAUACACUAACGCUGGUGCUGAAUUUGUCUUCGGUGAGACAUACGCAGACCACUUCUUUGCAUUUAAGGUCCUGCCAAUCGUGAUUUUCUUCAGCACCGUAAUGUCCAUGCUCUACUACCUUGGAUUGAUGCAGUGGAUCAUUAGAAAGGUUGGAUGGGUAAUGCUCGUUACUAUGGGAUCAUCUCCUAUUGAAUCCGUAGUUGCUGCUGGCAAUAUAUUUGUUGGACAGACAGAGUCUCCCCUGCUAGUCCGACCAUACUUACCACACGUCACCAAGUCUGAACUCCACGCAAUCAUGACCGCUGGGUUCUCGACCAUUGCUGGAAGCGUGUUAGGUGCAUACAUUUCUUUUGGGGUUUCACCCUCCCACCUGUUAACUGCCUCAGUCAUGUCUGCACCUGCCUCACUGGCCGUGGCUAAACUCUUUUGGCCUGAGACAGAAACACCUAAAAUAACCCUCAAAAAUGCCAUGCAAAUGGAAAGUGGUGAUUCAAGGAACCUCCUAGAAGCCGCAACACAGGGAGCAUCCUCAUCCAUCUCCCUGGUGGCAAACAUAGCUGCGAAUCUGAUUGCCUUCCUGUCCCUGUUGUCUUUUGUGAAUGCAGCCCUGUCCUGGCUUGGAAACAUGUUUGACUACCCACAACUGAGUUUUGAGGUAAUAUGCUCCUACAUCUUCAUGCCCUUUUCCUUCAUGAUGGGAGUAGACUGGCAAGACAGCUUUAUGGUUGCCAAACUCAUAGGCUAUAAGACAUUUUUCAAUGAAUUUGUGGCUUAUGAACACCUCUCAAAAUUGAUCAGUUUAAGAAAGGAGGCUGGACCCAAAUUUGUGGAUGGUGUACAGCAAUAUAUGUCGAUUCGUUCUGAGACUAUUGCCACCUAUGCUCUCUGUGGCUUUGCUAAUUUCGGUUCCCUAGGAAUAGUGAUCGGUGGACUCACAUCCAUGGCUCCUUCCAGAAAGCGCGAUAUCGCCUCAGGGGCAAUGAGAGCGCUGAUCGCGGGGACCGUCGCCUGCUUCAUGACAGCCUGCAUUGCAGGGAUACUCUCCAGCACCCCCAUAGACAUCAACUGCCAUCACAUUUUAGAGAAUGCCUUCAACUCCAGUCCACCUGCAAACACAACUGAUGUGGUAUCUUGUUGUCAAACUCUAUUGAACAGCACUAUUGUCAAAGGCCCUGAUGAGGUCAUCCCAGGAGGAAACCACAGCUUGUCUUCUUUAAGGGGCUGCUGCAUGUUAUUGUUGCCACCAACACUGAACUGCAGCUGGAUCUCUAAUGCAUUUUGAGUUCAGCUACUUCUCUGAUGGAACUCCAGGAACUCUGCUUUGGCAAGGAAAAAAAAUAAUAAUAACCAC